AUGUCCCCUAGUUCGCCUCUCUCUCCCUUUUCAUCCACCCGCCAACCCGUUCGUGCCGUUUUAGCUGCUUUCCAAUUACCAGACGAGGACAUUACUUUGAAUAUCCCUACCCGUACAUCCCCAAUUUACUUUCACACCCCCCACGCCUCCCACCCUUCUACGUCCCGGAUCUACACUUUUGCUUCCCUGCCUUGGACAAUCCUCGACACCAUCUCCGUGAUGCCUGUUCAUGCCAUCAGUGGCUGUGAAAACCACCAUUGA